AAGCCGAAUCGGAAUAUUGUUUGAACCUUGUCUAAUCCACACGAGCAGAUGAAACGAAACAGAAAUAUUAAAAGUCGGUUGCCUUGUAAACAGACGUGCGUCAAGAUUUUUUUAAAACCAACGACAAGGGCAAGCAAAGAAAGAGGAAGGGAGACAUUAUGCGCAUCGAUAACGACAUUGCUAUGUUGUGACAGUACUAUCAAUACGUGAUAACACUGACACACCUGUUAUCUGGUGCCAGCGUUCCAAGAUGUAGGCGGUUGCUACGACGCGGUGGCUUAUACGAAUUGCAGCUUCAAUACGCGACCGAUAACCGCAAUACUGCGUUCCCCGGAAGUGCACGAGUUACGGGAACGUAUACGAGACUUGAUAAUCAAGACGAUGUGGUAUGGAAUCGACAUUGGCUGAGGGCCGCGGCUGCAAACAGCCGGUUAGGGUUAGGUUAUCUCAUCAUUGUGACGUUGAAAAGAAAUUGGAAAAAUUUGCUUAUCGCUCUUCGACAUCUGUUAAUGCGAGCACCUUGCUCUGCAUUCGCAUUUUCAUAUACUGACAUAGGAAUAGUGGACGCAGAGUGCGUGAAAUUAAUUCCUAUGUUUACCUGAAAGAUAAAUAUGCAAUUGCAACGUAAGCAAAAAAAUCCAAGUAUAUUUAAGGGAGUCUAAGGGUGAAAGAAUCAAGAUGAGCUGUUCUGUAGAAUUACGUCAGCGCAGGCAACAAGGGAUGGCGGAGGAUCCUCAUAAACUUGCUGCGAUGAUGAAUAAAUCUCAAAGACUCGUAUUAGGACUUUUAGUUCUAUUACUGGUUGACAUAAUUUGGGUCUCCAGCUCUGAGCUUACCAAAGUACAACUAAGUUUUUACAUUUAUAGGGAUGCAACAUUUGAAAAACCCUUUUUUAGUACAUAUGUAAGGACAUCCAUGUUUACGCUUUAUUUGCUUGGAUUGUGCUUUUGGCCACCUUGGCGAGAACAAUGUAAUAAACCUGCAACAUAUAUGUUUAUAGACCCUAAUGUUGAAGAUGACAACUUCUAUUCGGAAGCCAAUACGAGUCUAAGUGAUCCAACAUUUGUUCCAAUAAAAACUCCGGAUCAUUGCGAUCGUUCAUCAGGCACAGAAAGUGAUGAUUCAUCUAUCCGCUCUGUAAGAUUUAGUAAACUAGCGGAAGUGCGCCAUAUGUCGGAAAGCGAUGCCACAGAAGCUCUAUUAGCGCGACUUAGUUAUCAAGCCAGUGUGAGAGCUGGAGAACAUGCAAGGAGACAGGCUAACAAAUUUUCUGUACAAAAAGUAGCUAAAAUAGCUCUUAUGUUUUGCUUAUUUUGGUUCAUGGCAAAUUACACAUACCAAAUAUCAUUGGAGCAAAUAGAGGCGAGAAUCGUGACUAUAUUGUCUUCGACAUCUAGUUUAUUCACUUUAAUCCUUGCUGCUUUUUUUCCCAGUAACGGAGGGGACAAGUUUUCAUUGUCCAAGCUAGCUGCUGUAGUUGUUAGCAUCUUUGGACUAAUAUUGGUCAGUUUUUCGGGUUUAACUGUACAAAGCAAUAGCGUGUCAACGGGCAUAAUAUUAGCUCUAGUCAGUGCUUUUUUCUAUGCCGCAUAUAUUGUAUUUUUGAAGAGGAAAGUGGAUCAUGAAGACAAGAUGGAUAUACCAAUGUUUUUCGGCUUCGUGGGAAUAUUCAACUUGACGCUACUGUGGCCUUUAUUCUUUAUUCUUCAUUAUGGUCAUUGGGAAGAAUUUGAAUGGCCCGAUAGUCAUCAAUGGACAUUCCUAAUUAUAAACGGCCUGAUUGGUACAGUUUUAAGCGAAGUACUUUGGCUAUGGGGUUGUUUUUUGACAUCGUCUCUCAUAGCAACAAUGGCUUUGAGCUUAACAAUGCCCAUGUCAAUGGUAGCCGAUGUCCUCCUAAAAAAAGUAGAAUACCCUUGUAUUUUCUACUUGGGUAGUAUUCCAAUGCUCUUAGCAUUUCUGACCGUAUCUCUUCUAUCUUAUUACGAUAAUUGGGAUCCUGUUAUGGAUUUAAUAAAAAGAUUUUAUAUCUGGAUUUGCAGAAAGAACAGAUCGAGAAUCCCAGAUCUCGAAGCAGAGCAGACAGAGUCCUUAAUAGGAAUAGACAGCAGUGAUCAUGAAGCUUAAUAAGACAAUAACGAGAGAAUCGCGCGAACACGGUAAAAUACUUCGUGUUAACAUACGUCAUCGUAGUAAGAACGAUUUGAUUAACAGGCAAGUUUUUAUAUAGGUUCUCGAGGUAUUUAUUUGAAAGUGUAGUACGCGGCUCCACAGGCCGUAAAACAAUUCUUUUAAUUCAAAACGUCUCGGUGUCACUUGCUUUACAUCACACGGUGAUACAAUGAUAAUCAAGAUUUCAUCUUUCUCCAAGCGCAUCUAUCGCUUUAAGCAUCAUAAAACGAUAUUACUGCCGGACAAUAACCGUUACGGAUCAAUUCACGACAAAUGAAAUGCUUUGUUUGUUCAAGUCUAUUCAUGCAUCUCUAAAACUACCUCUCUGCAUUUCUCAUCAGGGGGUCGAUUGUGCAUCAUGCAAUGUAGUGAAAAUUACAAAAGUGAGCAAAUUUACUAAAGUAUCUAUGACCUUAUUGGUCAAUAACCUAGUAAAUUUGCUCACUUUUGUAAUUUUUACUACAUUGCAUGAUACACAAUCGACUUCCAAUUCAUCUUAUAAGCAAACAUCGCUUUCAAACAUGAACUAGGCUCUGGUAAUUAUCAUUUCGAGACUAUACAAUUUAAAUCUUGCGCUAUGUACCCUGCAACUGGGUUCGCAAAGCAAGAAAUUCAGUGUCUUCACCAAAAUCUGUAUAUAGUAUGUGAUAAGAGUUGGUUAAAAUCAAAGAAAUAUUCGUUUAUGAGAUUAUACGUUUCCUAAACGGUAAUAUUUUUUAUGCUACUAAAGCUUUACAUCAUUGUAAUUGAUGAUUGAUGAAUGAAUAACUUAUCGGAGACAUUUUACUACACGCUAUAAGGAUAUACCUAGCACAUUCUGUACUUAUUGUUUCUAGUAUUUGGCUAAUUUUAGACAAAAGUAUUAUAAACUGAUAUAAAAUAUAGUUUUAAUAAGUAAAAAUUAGUGAAAAAAGGAAUGCUUUGGACCAAUUAAAAAUUUGAUGAUAGUAAAAAAAAAAAAGAAGUUCUUCAUAGAGUAAGAAGUCCAGUGAGAUGAGAUUGAAGUUUUAUAUUCGAUGAAAAAACAAUAAUUCAAAGUUACAUUAUAUUUCAUCUAGUCAAAGCACAUCUAUCAACUCGUAUUCCAAACUCGUAGUCCAAAAUUCAAUUUCACGAUUUCAUUCAACAAUUGCAACUCCUAUAAUAAAUAGCAAUUGCAGUCGGUUUUACAUCAUUUGCUAAUUAAUUUCUGCUGCUUCGAUAAUUAAUACGCACAAGUAUUACAAAAUUGUGUUCGAAUAUCAACAAGAUAUUACAAAGUCUAGAUAGGAUAGAUGUGUGAAAUAAGAACUGUGAAAUGAACUGUGUUUAAUCGACUUCAAAGCUCGCGGUUAUCGAAAAAGGUAUUAAUUAUUCGAAAUUAUGAACGUAUAACAAGUGUGUAAAAGUGAAAAUAAGAUAGAAAAGAAGUGUUCUUCUGCAGUUGCGAAAUUUAAUCCAUAUUUUUCAUCCGUAGAAAAAAUCGCAACAUUCACGUUCGACCUUCGAAGAAUUAAUACAUCUCGAUUGAUCUCAACUAAAUUAAAUGAUGCGUUAUAUUAUAUCGUAUUUUUAUUAUUAGUACGUUUUCUGACAUUGCAUCAGAGAAGAACAUGUCAGGACCUAUAUAUCUAUAUAACAUGGUAUCAGUAAUCUAUACAAACAAAAAAAAAAAGAGAAAAGGAAGGAAAGAGAAUUACCAACUGCUUUGACAAACAAGACGUGUAAAAGAAAAUCAAAGAGGGACAGUUGCAAUGUUAGAUUAACGAUGUGAUGUGAUAUAACAAUAAAUACAGUGCGCGAACAUACUUUAACAUUACCACAAUUAAUAGAGAGAAUAUCGUUAAGUAGUGAUCGAAUGAUCGUUCCUGUAAUAAUGUUAUAACCAGACUUGAAGUUCAAUUUAUGCGUUGGCCUAUGUCGCGCGCAUAAGCAGACUAUACUUUCCACCUUCGGUUAUAUGUCUAGCGUAGAGAUGUUUGCUAACAUAUUUAUCGGGUGUAAAAUCGGAUGUGUAAUCUCGUACUCGAGAUUUUGAAAAUGUUCCAAUCUCUUCUCUUUCUCUGUCUCCGUCUCUUUCUCUCAAGACUGGCUAUAACUAUGUUUACUGUAUAUUCGGUGUAAAUAUUAUGCCCUAAGUUAAACUUACAUAUUAUAUAAAUAUAAAGAUUAUGUAAUAAUAAAGUGUAUAAUCCGUAA